UUUCAGCUUAAUUUCCAAACAGUUAAUUGCUGGUUGUGUGUUAAAUUUUCUAUAUGCUUUCAUAAUAUAUGGCAGUAUUGGUCGAGACGACGGUUGGUGAUAUUGUCAUCGAUUUAUUCGUGAAAGAACGCCCGAGAUGUUGUCUAAAUUUUCUGAAAUUGUGUAAACUGAAAUAUUACAAUUUUUGCCAGUUUCAUGCGAUCGAGCAAAACUACAUCGUUCAAACAGGAGACCCAACUGCUACAGGCAAUGGUGGAGAAUCGAUAUUUGCUUGUUUAUAUGGUGAGCAAGCGCGCUAUUUCGAACCAGAACUUGUCCCUAAGUUACGCCAUACCAGAAUUGGUAUCGUAUCAAUGGUAAAUAAUGGUUCUAACAUGCUUGGCAGUCAAUUUUUCAUCACUUUAGGUGACAAUUUAGAUUAUUUGGAUGACAAGCAUACUAUUUUUGGACAAGUAACCGAAGGACUAGAUACAUUAGAAAAGUUAAAUCAAGAGAUUUGUGAUGAGCAAAAUAGACCGUUCCGAGAUAUACGCAUAGCUCAUACUGUUAUACUAGAUGAUCCUUUUGAUGAUCCUAAACAACUUCACUUUCCAAGCAGAUCACCAUCACCGACAAUUGACCUUUUAAAUGUUUCUCAGAUUACUUUGGAUCAGUUACUGAAUGAGGAAGAAGGUAAAACAGAAGAAGAAAUACAGAAAGAAAUUGAAACCAAAGAUAUGGCUGCUCAGGCGCAAAUUCUGGAAAUGGUGGGCGAUUUGCAUUAUGCAGAAGAGAAACCACCUGAUAAUGUUUUGUUCGUAUGCAAGUUGAAUCCAGUUACCACAGAUGAGGAUCUCGAAAUUAUUUUUUCUCGAUUUGGAAAAAUAACAUGUUGUGAAAUCAUUCGUGAUAAGAAAACGGGUGCUUCAUUGCAAUAUGCAUUUGUCGAAUUUGAAGAGGUUCAAAGUUGUGAGAAUGCUUACUUCAAAAUGGAUAACGUGCUGAUUGAUGAUAGACGGAUACAUGUUGAUUUUUCUCAAUCUGUUGCUAAAAAUUACCAAUGGAAAAGAAAGGAAGGAUCGGGAAAACGGGCACACAAGCCGGAUAUUGCAGAGAAGUUUCACAUCGAGCAUAAGAAACUAAAAUCAGAGAAGUGUAAUGAGAAAGAGAAGAAAUUGCAAUCUAACGAAAGGAUAAAGCAAUAUUCAAAAAAACGCUUAAACUCGCCAGACCAUAGAGAUCAUUCACGAUCUUAUCGUCAUGAACGACCGGUAAGCCGUAAAUUACAUGUACACAAACGUUCAAGAAGCCGUGAAACUCGCGCACAUCGGCGAUCAAGAAGUCGUGAAACACAUGAACAUCAGCGAUCAUAUCGACGUUGAUAUAUAAUAUUGUUUCCGAUAUUUCUAAUUGUAAUAAAAAAAGUGGUAAAAGUGUGGAAGAUAAUCGUUCAAAUGGGGAUCAGAAAACAGGUAAACCAUGAUCUUAAGUAGGAGAGGGAUGUGGGAAGAAAGAGAAUGAAUA